AUAAAUAUUAACAGUAUCAACAUAGCCUAUAGAAAGAGGGUUCAGCAGGCACGCAGUUAUCUGCAGUGAGACGAUAAGUAAUACUGAAAUGCAUGCAGACCUCUGCUGACUGAUUAAACAUGUGUAAAGGACAUACCCACAGUCACUCACAGUGAUGUUUAUAGAGCGUCUGUAGGUCAGUUUCUAUUAUCUGGGUGUGUUUGGUGAUUCGAUUCUGCCCUUCCCACUACCGAACUGAGCGCUACAUUCCCCUCUUCCCUUUCCUCCUCUAGCGCGGCCUUGAAUCCUGCGAGUGGAGUGGGCAGAGGAACACACUUUGAGGGUCUUCUCUCCCGACCCUCACAUAUUAAUACACGUGGUUUUCACUUGACAAAGGACUUGACCAAGGUUUCUGCAGCUGCAACUUACAUUCCGAAUAAACAAACAGACCAUUACAACGAACAAACAAAAGCAGGCCUCUCUCUCUCGCGUCCCACAGACCAACCACCUUCCCGACCACAUCCUUUAAGGUGUUCCUCUGAUAAUCUUCCGGCUCCAGUUCAGAGCCUAGCCAGUCAUAAAGUCCCUACUUCAGGAACGCCGCCCAAUCAGAGAGUCCUCACCUGCAGAAGGUGAGGCCUGGGUCUCCGUACGCGACAGUCUCCUGGCCCAAUCAGGGGCGGAUUGGGCUUGGAAAGGCUCCAAUCCGCCUUACGGGGAGUAGUGGGCGGGGCUGCACCUGGCGACGGUGAAUCACUCAGAGGAGCGGCGGCUCCCUCCACCAAUCGGAAAGUGCAGAGGAGCGGCGCCGACCAAUCGGGCGUGAAGGGAAGGGCCGGGCUGGGCUCAACCUGGCGUCUGGAGUUUAGUCCCCGCGCUGCUGUGGGCGAAGCUGGUGUCUCUUUCUAGGGUCGCAGUGACUGCUGUCGCAUCGGGAUCUUGAUCGUGAUGGGUACAAAGGCGAAAGUCGGCAGUACAGAGUUGCUUCUCUUUACGUCGAUGAUCCUGUGCUCCCUGGCAUUGGGCAGGGGUGCGGUGCAAACCUAUGAACCGGUAGUCAGAGUUCCUGAGAAUAACCCUGCCAAGCUGUCCUGCUCCUACUCGGGCUUCUCCUCGCCGCGUGUGGAGUGGAAGUUUACCCAUGGUGAUAUCAGAGGUCUCGUUUGCUAUAACAACAAAAUCACAGCUUCCUAUGAGAACCGAGUGACCUUUUCGGAUACUGGCAUCACCUUCCAUUCUGUGACCCGGAAAGACACGGGGAUGUAUACUUGUAUGGUCUCUGAUGAGGGCGGCAAUACCUACGGGGAGGUCACUGUCCAGCUCAUCGUGCUCGUGCCUCCAUCCAAGCCUACAAUCAACGUCCCCUCCUCUGUUACCAUUGGAACCCGAGCUGUGCUGACCUGCUCAGAGAAAGAUGGCUCCCCGCCGUCUGAAUACAAGUGGUUCAAGGAUGGAGUAGAGAUGCCUCUGGAACCCAAGAGCAACCGUGCCUUCAGCAACUCUUCCUAUACCCUGAACCAGAAGACAGGGGAGUUGAUCUUUGAUCCCGUGUCGGCCUCUGACACUGGAGAUUUCACCUGUGUGGCACAGAAUGGCUAUGCGUCCCCCGUGAAGUCAGACACCGUGCACAUGGAUGCUGUGGAGCUCAAUGUUGGGGGCAUCGUGGCAGCUGUCCUUGUAACACUCAUUCUCCUGGGAGCCUUGAUUUUUGGCAUCUGGUUCGCCUAUAGCCGAGGCUACUUUGACAGAGCAAAGAAAGGGACCUCCAAUAAGAAGGUAAUUUACAGCCAGCCCAGUGCUCGAAGUGACGGGGAGUUCAGACAGACCUCGUCAUUCUUGGUGUGACCCUGGUCCGGCUUCUCUCCUGUCCUCAGUGCUUGCCUUACUCAGGUGCUACCAGACUCUGGCCCCUGAAGUCUGUAGUUUCACAGGAUGCCUUAUGUGUCUUCGAGCCCCCUCAGGGGCCCCCACUUUUAUCUUAGGUUGUGUUUUAUAAUAAUUUCAGCAAUGUGCACCUUCCUGCCUCCCUUCCUUUCCCACCACUACUGAGUGGCCUGGGACUUGUUUCAAACCUUCUUGUCUCAGCCCUACAAGGGAUCAGAGAGAAGUCCUGACUGAUGCCUGCUGACCACAAGUAGACCACAAGAGCAGUGGGGUACUCACUGCCCCCUGCAUGUAGUGGUUCUCAGAUAGGAAUCUGGAGUCUGGUUUCUUGACUCCUACCUGCCGUGCUGAGGCCUGGUGCAGCUGUUCUAGAGUGGGGGCUGGAGACUGGAGCAGCUGGAAUGGUUGUUUGGAAAUGGUGUCAAGUCUCUGCCACCUCUGCAGGCCACUUUCUUCUGUCUUCCAUGGGAAGUGCCACUGGGAUCCUCCUGCACCAUCUUCUUCCCGAACACAAUCAGACUGACAACUGUGUCUGUAGGGAAAACAAGACGCUGAUCUGCAGAAAAGAAAGCUGGAGUGGGUAGCUCAAGCUAUCACCCUUCUCUUGGUUGGAACAACUUGACCUGCCCUUUUAAGAUAUGUCUGCAGGGUUAUGGAAAUUUGUGUAGCAGUCAGUUCUGCUGAGCGUGUGAGAGUGUGUGUGUGUGUGUGUGUGGUCUUAGCCCUAUGUUGAAAUCUAAUGUUCCAGAGUCCUCUUGCGGUAGGAGGCGAGCACCUGGCUGAAGUGAUGCUGUGCUCCAGGUUCUACUUGAUCUGACUCACCCAGUGAAAGAAGACCACCCUCCCACCUCUGCCAACCUAGAUGCGCUAGUACACUUCCCAGAGGCUACAGGAAAAGCUGCUCCAGGGCCUGAGGCAGGAUUUCUCAAAUCCUUUGGAGAACCACUUCUUUACUAGUAGUUUAAAGUAGUACUACUACUUUAUUUAGAGGAUAGGCAUAAAUGAGAGCAGGAGUGAGUGGGGUAGGCACGCCGGGCCCUGCUUUCCUCAUCCCAUCUGGACCCUUCUUUGCCCUUGAAUCUGUUUCUCCCUUUACCCCAGUAGUCUAUUUAUUAACUAGCAAGAGGGCAAAUAAGGGAUCUUCUAGGAUUGAUUUUGCUAAUUUUGUGGAGGAGACUGAGCACCAUUUGACCAUAUUCUGUACCCUUAUCUGACUAACAGUUCCUCCCAGAACUGAGUUUUCUUUUCAUCCAGGGUCCAGAAGGAAAAACAAAAAACAAAUCAUAUUGUCACGCACCAAUAAAAAAUAAGCUUUCCAGAUGGAAAUAAAAUCUAAUUAAGCAAUGAAAGUAGAGAUUGUGAAACGGUUCAGUAAGAAUGAAAAUAUCAAAGUAUGUUUCAGCUUCCUGGUUGGGAGACAGGGUGGGAAGGAGUAAAGGGAGUAAAGGGCACAGGGAGGCAGAGGUGAAUCAUUGCUCUUGCAAGUCUGGAGCAAAUGGUUCCUCACUCCCUAAGUCACUUGAGGAGUAUGAGUCAGUAAUUACCAGCCUUGGAAUUUACUUCUCCAGCUAACAACAGCCCCUUUGAGUUGGAAAACACCUCAUCUGCUUUCAUUUUAGAAUGUUAAAACUAAUUUUUGUAAUAAAUGUUUAUUUUUCACAUUGA